AUGGAGAAGAACUCAGCACAAUUUGUCCCAUACAUUUAUCUGUUUUCUGAUGGCUUGGUGAUUGAUUCUCAGCCUGUCAAAGUAAUCAGCUCCUGCUCGCUUGACUUCUACAAGUUUCCAUUUGAUACCCAGAACUGCAGCUUUAGCUUCAACUCCUACAUACACCGUCGAAGAACUCUUCAGAUAUACCUCUCAUCAACUGUAGCGGAUAUAUUAAAAUACUCUCAAGAAGUGAUGGCAACUAUGGGAGAGUGGGAACUAGUUGGACUCACAGUGAAGACAUUCGUACCACCCCCUGGGAAUGAAGACGUGUGGGACGAGAUGCGCUUCUUUGUGUUCGUAAAGCGCCGGGCCACCCUCUAUGUGGUGAACCUGCUGAUCCCCAGCUACUUCCUCAUCACAGUGGACCUCUUCAGCUUCCUGCUGCCUCCCCAGAACGUGGACCGGACCUUGAUGAAGAUGACGCUGAUCCUGGGCUUCACCGUCUUCCUGCUCAUCAUGAGCGACCUGCUGCCUGCCAGUGGGAACACCGUACCUCUCAUAAAUGUGUUCCUGUGUCUGUGCCUGGCUCUGAUGGUGGCUAGUCUACUGGAGAGCAUCCUCAUCACCAACCUGCUGCGUGGCUCCGCUCACUACUCUGCAGUCCCUCGUUGGGUCAGAGUGUUUGUUCUUCGCAUCCUGGGCCGCCUGGUACGGCUUCGUCCCAAGCCCAGAGAUCAAGAGGACACGGUCAUCCAAAAUCCUGCCACACAAGAGGACAGCAAGGUUUCACAACAGAAAGGGCCGCUGGAUGAGGAGAAGGCCCGGAAGGAGCUGAGGCGCCUAGGAAACGACUUCCAGGCCAUCUGCCUACAGGUGAAGCAUCGGCUAGGGGAAAAACAGGAGUCAGAGUGGAUCCAGGUAGGUUUCAUCAUAGACCGCCUGCUGUUAGGCAUGUACAUCAUCUUCCUAUCAGUCAGCUUCAGUACAAUCAUCACUAUCUGGAUGCAGUCAUAA